AUGUCUCUCUCUCUCAAGAACUCCACCUUCAUCUCCCUCCUCUUUCUCUCUCUACUCAUCGCCGGAACCGCAUCGCUUCCGGCCACCAUCGGUGUCAAUUACAUCGCAACCGCUCACCCUCCACCCGAGCGGGUUGCCUCCGCCCUCCAAGCCCUUAAAAUCACCUCCGUCCGCCUCCCCGACCCCACCCCCGCGGUGGUGCGCGCCUUCUCCUACUCCAACAUCUCCCUCCUCCUCUCCGUCCCCAACAACCUCGUCGGUUCCUUCGCAGCCAACCGCUCCGCCGCCGCCCUCUGGCUCUACACCCACGUCGUCCCUUUCUACCCCCGCGCCCGAAUCUCCACCAUCUCUGUCGGCACCGAUGUCCUCGACACCCCAGUCGACCUCUCCGACAGCCUCCUCCCCGCCGUCCGCAACCUCCACCUCUCCCUCCGCGACCUCGGCAUCAACAAGAUCGCCGUCUCCACCACCUUCACCUUCAUCAACGUCAUGUCGAACUCUUUCCCGCCCUCCUCCGCCGAGUUCCAAGAACCCAUCUCGGGACUCAUCAUCAAACCCCUCCUCCAGUUCUUGGACGAGACCAAUUCGUCUUUCUUGAUCAAUCUCUACCCCUACAAUGUCUACAGGCUCAGCUCCGAAAUCCCAGUUGGGUAUCCUCUGUUCCAGGAACACCCCUUCAAUUUUCGCGACGACUUCAUGACCGGAGUCCGGUACCGGAACCUGUUCGACAUGAUGGUCGACGCCGUGAUCUGCGCAAUGGCAGUGGCGGGUCACGAGAACAUUCCCGUGAUCGUGACUGAAACAGGGUGGCCGAGCUCAGGCGAACGGAACGAAGCCGACGCGAACCCAGUUUUCGCCGAGAUGUACAUUAAGGGUCUGGUUAAUCAUCUGAAAUCGGGACUUGGCACGCCGCUGAGGAAGGAAGGAGUGGCGCAGACUUACAUAUAUGAGCUGUUUGACACAGAAGAAAAGCAGGGGAGCGAAACAGGGGGUCACAAUUGGGGGAUUCUGUUUCCAAACAUGACCCAGAAGUAUGCAAUCGGGCUUUCGGGUUCGAUUCGGGUUGGUGGAGGUUUGGGGAAGAUGGCACUUGGGCUUUUCUUGAUGCUUGCUAGUGUUCUGCUUUUUUGGUAG